AUGGUUGCCACCCGUAUCUUCUCCGUCGGUGCCGCUCUGGCCCUGGCUCUGCCUGCCACUGCCUCGCCCACCCUCGCUCGCCGCAGCUUCGAGAUUAGCGAGUUCACUCCCUUCCAGAAGCGCCAGGUCUCCAGCGAGCAGUUUGCCUGCCACUCCGCCUGCGGCAACACCAUCAUCGAGUCCGAGAGCGGCACGGCGCACUGCUCUUCCACCGCUUGGCGUACCCGCCUCGACGAGUGCUUGGACUGCGUCCAGGACUUCCCCAUCUGGCAGUUCUACAGCGAGGGUGUCCAGGCCGGCGCCACCGCCUGCGGCCUCACCGCCGAGCCUGGCUCCCCCUCCUCCGGCGGCGAGACCGAGACCACCCCUGCCGCUGAGCCCACUGCUGCUCCCGUCACCACCACCGCUGCUGCUGCGCCCACCACCGCCGCCGCUGAGGAAGAGACCACUGCCGCCGCCGCCGAGACGACCGCCGCCGUCCCCGCUCCUGAGCCCUCAUCUCCCGCCUCUGAGGGCGAGACUACCCCCGAGUCUCAGUACCCCGUCCCCACCGUCUCCGAGGCCGCCCCAGUGGUUUCCGAGUCCGCUGUCGCCUCUGUUGUUCCCUCCACCGUUGCCACUCCCUCUGGCAACAACACCAUUCCUGAGCCCACCACCGUCGAGGUUGACGGCGCUGCCUCCCUCGGCUUCAUGGGUGUUGCCGCCAUGCUCGGCCUCGCUGCCAUUGCCCUCUAA